CAAGAUGUCACAAGCAAACAUUUUGAGGUUCUGCGAUAGGUGUCGCCAAUAGUUUGUGAUUUUUUUUUUUUUAAUGAAUUUUCUGCAUUUUCCAAUUUGCUUCGCAACAAAAUAUAGAGUCCCUAGGACGGUUAAUCAAAUCAAUUAAAUAGCAAUUUAUCCAGGAUUAUCAAAAAAUAUAUGCUGGUUUGAAGCACUCGUCUGGUAGGCAUAGAAGCUGUGCAGUGUUUUGAGCAUUUUGGUUUGUUUUAGAAAUGCUUAAAUAUUGUUCGCAAAAGUGGCGUUUGUAAGCGAUAACUUAAGUUUUGAACGUUAUUUUCUUCAGAAAAUGCAGCAAGUGGACACAGAUCCACCAUCCCUACCGGUUGGUACGGAGGUAAGUGCAAAAUACAAAGGAGCCUUUUGUGAAGCAAAAGUAAGCAAAGUAGUACGAAAUAUAAAAGUGAAAGUUGCCUAUAAGCAAGGGCUUGGGUCGGGUAUAGUAUCGGAUGACUUAAUAAAAGUUGCUCCGGGGCAACUUCGUGUUGGAGCUACCGUUGAAGUCCGUCAUCCGGAGCGUAAGGACCUAGUAGAGGGGACAGUAACUAAAAUACAAGAUUGCUCGCAAUAUACCGUGGUUUUUGACGACGGAGACAUAACUACGUUACGCCGUACUGCUUUAUGUCUCAAAAGUGGCCGUCACUUUAACGAAAGCGAAACUUUAGACCAACUGCCACUAACUCACCCUGAACACUUUGGAAAUCCAGUGGUAGGAGGACGACGUGGCCGAAGGAGGGGUCAGCUAAAUGACGACAGCUCUGACGAUGAGGAUGAGAGCGAUACAAAAGAAGUUGUUAAUGAAAAAGAAGAACACAUUGGAAAGGUUGUUUGCGUGGAAAUGGAGACGAAGAAAAAGGAUAAAGAAAAAUGGUUUCCUGGCCUAAUAUUAGCACCUAUGGCACAAGCAAAUGUCAGAAUACGCGUAAAAGACGAAUAUUUAGUAAGAUCAUUUAAAGAUGGCCGAUAUUAUACAGUUCCAAAAAAGGAAGCAACUGAUUUUACGCGUGAGGUCGCAGCAAAACAAGAUGGUCAGGCUGUACAAGCAGCUCUUGAAUAUUUAGAUAGCGGAGCUCUACCACCGCAUUGGGAUCGUGAAUCUUUGUUUGGCCUUAAUAAUUCUUCCAGUGAGGGCGAAGGUGAACUAGAAUCUGACUCGUCCGAUGAUGAACCUCGUGAGGAAAAAGAUCGGUUUGUAGCCCAAUUGUAUAAAUAUAUGGAUGAUCGAGGAACCCCUUUAAAUAAGGUGCCCUCAAUUCAAAAUCGUGACGUUGAUUUAUAUCGACUAUUUCGAGCGGUACAAAAAUGUGGUGGGUACAAUCGUGUGACUGCAAAGAAUCAAUGGAAAUCAAUAGCCAUUCGCCUGGGCUUCACACCUGUAACAGUAAGUGUCACAAAUUUAGUGAAACAAGCGUUUAAAAAAUUUCUUCAACCCUACGGCGAAUUUCAUCGCAAACUCGGGUGCUCUAUGUUAAUGACACCGCGGAACUCGAGCCGCAGUAAAGGCCGUAGUUUAGUGCGUGCAAAUUCUGUGGCUUCACCAAAGCCAGUGGAAGUCAUUAAUAAAGAUUCCUCGAACAAAUCUGCAAACCCUAUUACGUCUACGCCAUCUUCAUCAGCCUCUUCGGUUUCCAGCGGUCAAAACCUGACUUCUCCGUCUGUUGCGCCAAUAACACCAGCCGUGUUAGUCGGUGCAGCAACGCCGUCGAACACGGAAGAGUCGGAAAAUACAAGCGAAUCGAGUUUAGAUAACCCAAAAAACAAACGAAAAAUUUUGAUUGGUAAAGUAAAAGGCCUUGUUGAAAAAUAUGAAGAAAAAGCUAAAGAUGAUGGUGAUGUGCCUCUGUCUAAAAUCAAGGCGGCCGCGGAAUCUUCACGAUUUGAUGAUAAAGAGACAUCUCAGAAGGAUAGUUCUCCUAUUAGUUUGCAUUUAAGGGAAUCCUCACCGCCAGGCACAAGUGCAGCGAAUAAAAAGGACAAAAGCCAAAAGAAGCAAACUCCUCAAAGUGAUGAUAAGCGGAAUAAACGAAAAAAAGAUGAUACUAUUGAAAAAAUUGAUGCUGGUGAUUUUAUUGUUGAAGUGGGCGAUAAGCUGAAAGUUUACUAUCACGAAAAGAAGGUUACUUAUGAAGCGAAAGUUAUCGAAAUCACUUUGCAACGUGGUCCGCCGAUGUAUUUGGUACAUUAUACCGGUUGGAACAACCGCUAUGAUGAGUGGGUGCCACGUGAACGCAUUGCUGAAAACAUAACGAAAGGAUCAAAACAAAAGGGUCGUACUAUGAAUUCAAGUUUGUCCGAGAAACAAAAAGAGAAUCCUUCAAAACCUCCAACUGCUGCGUCGUUGAAUUCCUCGGGAUCUCCAAAUUCCAACGUUAAUGUUUUAAGCAACACAGCUAGCUCCACAAAACUGCCGGUUUCGGCGAAACGUGGCCGUGGUCGGAGUGAUUCCCUACCCCCGCGUUCCACUACGCCCUCUUCGGUAGCAUCUAACUCAAGUCGCACAAAAUCUCCCGCGACAGCUGGUCUGAAAAAAAGACCAAUUCGCACGACAACAAAUACUGCUCGACGAACCUCGGCCAACAUUUCUGAUGUGUCUUUGCAAAGUGAAUCUGAAACAGACUCCGAUGAACCAGUCCGACGACCGACGCGUGCUACCAAAGAAAUUGAGUAUAAGUCAGGAAAUGUAAGUGUUAAAGGAACAAUAAAAAACAAAUUAUCUGUAUCAGCUGGAAAUAGCCAGUCGGAUACAGAUGAUGACCGCGAUGAAGGUGAGUCAUCAACCAUUUUAGGAGCAAAUAAUAGCUCUUCCCACACCUUAAACUCUAAAGGCCGCAGCUAUGAUCUUGGUCAAAUACGUUCAGAAUUAAGAGGAUUCCAGGGAUUGAAGUCACCCUCUUCAUCAAUGGCAGGAGAUGAUGAAAUUUUAUCAGAUGUUAAAGCCGAAGAAUCUUUGAAUAAAGAUGAUAACAAUUUCGAUACUAAACAUGUUGUGACUACUGAUAAUAACCCGUUAAGUGAAUCAAAUGCUAUGGUCGUAUCCGUGAAAUGUGACCAGAAACAAGAUUUAAAAGAAGAAGUUUUAAAAUCUUCCACGGACAUUUCUUCUGAGACCGAAUCUUUCUGUGACGACGAUUCACAGUCAUCGGGAAAAACUACGACCCUUGAAAACAUGACGAAAAAGUUUCAACAGAAAAUAAAAGCAGGUAAACAACAAGCCUUAGAAAAACUUCCUUGUGGAAAAUCUACGGUGGAGAGAGUACCAAAAGUUGUAGAGAAAAUAAUACAGGAUUCCCUGGCAGAAAAGCUUCAAGAAAGCCUCAAAACAAAGCCGGAUAUUAAACAAGAAGAAAUCUUAGAAAGAAGUACUAGUGACACUGUUACAUGUAAAUCGGAAACUGAUAAAAAAGAAGAGUGUAAAGUUAGCACUAUACAUACCACCGAGCUAUUGCAGAAGGCAACUGCCAAUAAUCCGCCUCGAUUCGCCGGCAUAAUUAGCACUAGUAAAUUUACAUCUGUUAUUGAAAAACCAACGAGCUCUAUCAAGAAAACAGAUUUUGCUACCAGCAAGAAGGCGGACGUAAUAAGGAAAGGAACCGCAGACAAUUUAGAAUCACAGUCGAAAAAACUCUUGGAACCAUUGCUGAAAGAAGUGAAUAAAAUUGAACCGUCAGCAGCAUGCUCACCAUCCUCGUCUUCUUCAUCGUCUUCGUCGUCAUCGACAUCGUCAUCGCGUUCGUUGCCUGACAUGAGUAAGCUUGAUAUUAGCGGUGGUUCUUCUACUUCCUCAACGUACUCAAUUUCCAAUAAAGAGUCUAAACCGGUCAAGGCGACAUCACCCGAUAUUUACGAGUUCAAAGAUCCAGAGCCAUUUGAAUUUGAAAUCCGAAAAUUGUCAACCACAAGCACAAAUGCUUCCCCACUAAAUUCGAGUAAUGUAGCCACUAGUCCUCGAAAGCAAGCUCAGAAAAUAGGAGUGCAACAAUUAGUUGUUAAUGAAAAAACACAACCAGCACAGAGUCCAAUUGCUGCCUUGGUGAAUCGCAAAAAAAAGGGGUCGCCAAUGAAGGAAGCUGCAUUGGACAAAGCCAAACUUCUGAAAUCUGAUGAAAAAACUACAGUCAUUUUAGAAGGGAAAAUGGUUCAAGCUGGCUCUACAAUGUCAUCCGCAAUGAAAAGCAGUUUAGGUAGCCAAACAAAAUUGCUGUCACUAAAUCCAAUAUCUUUAGACCAAAACAAGUCAGGAUCACAGAAAACCGCCGACAUUUCCAUAAAUACGCCAUUUGAUGCGUUGCGAAAAUUGCCCAAUUUUAAUGUAAACAUGAAUGCGUUAAACGAAGAACUGGCACAAACAGUUCAGGAAACAACGAGGGCAUUAACCGAUGCUUUCCCAGCGCCAAGCGUGCCUUCUUUGCACGAAGUCACUGCUGGUCCAUCAAGACUUGAACCGUCUAAAGAAACAGAAAUAGGGAACAUGGUUACCCCUCCUCGCAAGCAUACACAAACAAAUGCUUCUACACUGGUUAGCCCUGUUCCGGCUGUAGCCAAGAAAACGGUAAUUGGUAGCCCAUUUGUAGAGACUCGUAAAGACCUAAGCAACGUUUUUGAGUUGAGUACAGGGGAAGGGUCAACCACAAUUGGUGAAUUGAAAGAUAAUAAAUUAGAAUUCGAAAACGCAAAGAAAAUGCUUUCAGCAACUGCGGGUGCCUUUGAUUUGGACCCUUCAAAAUACGAGAACAAACCAACAUCUAUAGCAGAUAAACUUUUGAAAGCCAUCAGUCAAAAAAAAGAGGAAGAUAAACAUAGAGUGGAACCAAAAAGUGAAAAAGUUGAGGAGAGCGGGACCACGACAGAUGCAAUGAAUACUAUUGUGAAAAAUACUUCGAGUGUUUUACCUCAAAUUACCAACGUUUCUGUCGAACCCUUGAAUAUUGAUAGCGAUUUGCCUGGAUCCUCAAUCAGUUAUUUAAAUAGCAGUAAAAGCUUGGCUUUAGAAGCUGUACCCCUGAUACCUGUAUCAAUAAAAAAGUCGGUAGCUUAUACUAAUUCUGAACCUAAGUUGGGAAUAUUAGAGUCGAUUGCAGUUAAAAAUAACGACCUAACGGAGACAAUACAAAAACUCGAGUGCGCUAUUCAGCGGAAAACGCCAGUUACUGGGCUUUCAGUUACAACUACACCGACGUCAAGCUUGGCCCCUAAUACAUUUUCCGAGGACUCAAUGGAUAGCACAGAUUCCGAACGUCGGCUUGUUAUUGAGGACGUAGCAGAUGACCUAUGUGAUAUGCUUAAAAGUCCCACUGGCUCACGUCAUAUUGGAGGAGAAUUAAAGAUAUUGCAGACAAGUGCGAUGCCACAAAAAAUAGAUAUCAGCACAACUAAAUUAAUGUCAAACAACCUUGCUCCACACGCAGGCGUCCAAGCCCCUAUACCUUUGAAAGUGGUACAACCUAGUCGAUCGCAAUCUGAGUUAUUUCCAUCCACUACACAGACUACUUACGUGUCUGCAUCAAAUAAAAUAGUAGAAAUACCGCCAUCAUCGUCAACACAAGUAGCUACAAUCGGAAAAACUGAACAGGAAACUACACAACUAAUAUAUAUGGAGGCGCAAGAAGAGCACAAAGUAAGGAGCGAGAUUACUUCAUCUUCGAUUGGAGAAAAUAAAGGACCUUAUUAUAAAGAAAGUAUUUGUCCAAGAGAUAAUUUCAGCGGAAAAUUAACUGAAACGGGCAACGACGCAUCUCCAACGAUGAAUGCUGCUACAAUUUUAUUCACAAGCAUAAAAACAUCAAAACAACAGAUUCAGAGAACAGCUGAUGUUGUGCCAAUUAUUGUACCGGACAUUCCAGUAUCUGUUGUGGUGGCUUCCGGCGCAGUUCCAUCAGUUAAGGCUGCGGCUCAAGCUGCGGCUGCAGCAGCAGCACAGAAUUCAUCCGAAGCAUUCAAAUCGGCAUUAAAAGCCGACACCAAAGGAAGUUCUGCCACAUCUAGAACGUCUUUGUCGUCAGUUAUGUGCAGCACUUUUGUUGAGCCAUUGGUAUCCGAUGAAAACGCAGAGUCCAAAGCAGCUCAGGAUACGGGUGUCAAUUUUAAUAUAACCGCUAAUUUAGCAGCUUUAAAUCCACCUGCAACGGUUGCAUUUACUCAAUUGUCUGCCAUAUCAGCGAAUUCUGGAUUUUAUUUGGACCCUCGCACAGAACUGCGUCCCGAAGAUGGCGUAAAACCCAUUGUAGAUACUCAGCGUACAAAUCCCGAACUGGAAUGUCUAAAUGAAAAGGAAGUUGUGGGAGGUUUAUGCGCGGAAGAGUUAGCGUCAAAUUUAUGUAUUGAUGCAAAUAACGAUUCCAUAAAUUUGCUUUGCGAAGAGACAAUUCCAGGCAGUCCAGCACCUGCUUUUGGCGGAAAAGAAGAACACUCAACAACACAGCAAAUCACGGAAAGUACUCUGGUGUUGGAAACUGACAAUAAAGAUUUACAUAAUAAUACUAAUCCGCUUGAGAUUACGAGAACAAAUGUUUUGAUUGCAAACAUCAGUAGUUCUCCAAAUGAUUCGGCGAGUCAAGAUGAGAAUUUGGAUUUAGAAAAUGAAAUAUCGCCUAGGAAACGUCGACGAACUAGGAAACAGUCGGAAAUGGCAAUCAUCACAGAAGGACCGACGAAACGACGAAAACAGAUGGGAUGUUCGAAAAAGAACCCAGCUGGUUCUGAUAGCGAUGAAAAUUCGGAUGGUACAUCGCAGCGCAGCACUGUUCCAUCUCGACACCAAUUCCAACACCAACACCAACAGCUCCAGCUUCAACACCGACUUACAUCAGUUGGAACUCGACCUUGUCCGUAUAAUUUCUUAGUCCAAUUAGAUCCCAACAUGGGCUCUGACCAGUGCAUUGGAAUUUUAUUGAAGCAGAUUCAAGAAUUACGCAAGACAUACAACGCUAUCAAAGGUGACCUAGCAAAUAUUGAUCGAAGGCGCAAAAAAUUACGUCGCCGAGAAAGAGAGAAAAAGCAACAAGUGCAGAGCCAGCAGCAAAUUAAAAGUACAUAAUUAUAUAUGACAUCCUAUAUAUGUAUGUAUGUCUAUUAAUCAAUUUAAUAAUCCAUGUUGAAAAUAAAGAUUUUCAUUAUUAAGAUAAUACAAACUAA